UGUAGCCGUCAGCUGACUCCGGUAGGGGGCGAUAAUGUAACACCAAGGAUGUCAGCUACCGCUCAGAUUCAAAGAAGAAGGAAUAGCUCUCUCACUUUCUUCAGCUCAGUAACACCGCUAUAACAAGGAUGACCCACGUGCCUCCGAGCUUCGGUUACACGUAGCUUCAUUUAUCGAUCGGCGGAAUUUCAAAGCUGCGCGAUGGUGUUGACGCGAAGAUGACCUGCGCCCCGCCCUUGUGAUCGACCGAGUAUCUCACACUUAGCAGGUCUCGUUUGAGGUGCCACACAGGGUGACCCAUGCUUUCUGAUGAGCUCGACUCCAAACCAGAGCUGCUGGUGCAGUUUGUGCAGAACGCGUCCAUCCCGAUGGUGCAGGGUCUGGAGGACUCGGAGUCCAAACACUCCUGCCUGCCUCUGCUGGGUCCAGCUGAGAGCUCGCUGUGCGUCCCGCUGGAGCUCACAGAUGGAGGCCUGAGCCACGAGCCCGAGAGAUCUCCCUCCCUGGGGGAGUUCGGAGGUGUGUCCGGGCGAAGCCCCUUGAUGGUCCAGGCUCACCCGCGGGGCUCGCCCAGCCCCCCCCCCAUCCUCCACGACCUCCAGCAGUCAGACAGCACGUCCUACGUCCUGCUGAACCUCGCUAAAGGCAUCACAGCCUCCUCGGAGUCUCUGAUCUUCGCGGCGGACGGCGCGGGGGACGACGACGACGAGGGCGUCUCGUCGGGGGACUACGGGGUGGACGGCAGCGCGCCCUGGUACCUGCGGGUCCAGGAGCUGGCACACGACAGCCUGAUCGCCGCCACGCGCGCGCAGCUCGCCAGGGACGCCAGAGCCAGCCAGGACGCCAGGGCGGCGAGCGCCAGUAACGGCGAUCACACGCACCGCUUAACGGCAGACGAGGACGAGCGCGAGCCGCAGCCUCGGACCAGCCGCCCCCCCCUCUCCAAGCAGGUCCUCCGCUGCUCCUUUGAGGGCUGCUGCAGGACGUUCACCUGGCCGGCGCAUCUCAAAUACCACCUCAAAACACACAGGAACGACCGGAUGUUCAGGUGCGGCGCGGAGGGCUGCGGGAAGAGCUUCUACGUGCUGCAGAGGCUGCAGGUUCACAUGCGGACCCACAACGGCGAGAAGCCCUUCAUCUGCAAGGAGAAGAACUGCGGCAAGAAGUUCACCACGGCCGGGAACCUGAAGAACCACAGACGCGUGCACACAGGGGAGAAGCCUUUUCUGUGUGAAGCAGAUGGUUGUGGCCGAUCCUUCGCCGAGUAUUCCAGUCUACGAAAACACAUGCUGGUGCAUUCUGGCGAGAAGCCUCACCACUGCGGGAUCUGCGGGAAGACUUUCUCCCAGUCCGGCAGCAGAAACGUCCACAUGAGGAAGAGGCACGGGGAGGAGGGGCUCAGCAGUGAAAGCAGAGAAACAGGAGAGGCUCUGACACAAAGCAGCCUGCUGGAGGCCGACGGUAUGGUCACCAUGACGACGGCCGUCGAACCCAUGGAUCUCCACCACCACGCCAUGCUGAGGUCACCAGGCUCUGCAGACUCCGUGGUCGUUCUCUCUCAGCCGCACGAACUGGUGACCAUGGCGACCGAAGGCCACGCGUACGGAGAAGAUGUGGCGGCGCUGCUUUGAGGCGCCAGAUGUCUACGCUUAGUCCAACUGCGACUGUAAAUACUGAA